UCUUGUUCUUCAAACGUACGGGAAACGUGCACCCGCGAACUUAUCUCAUAAUUUCCACACCCCGUCCAAGUCACUUCCGCGCAUACACAAAUACGUCGCUUAUAUGUUAUGCUCAUAUGAUUAGUUUACACAUCAGUCGUGACGAAUGCAUAAGUGAAAUAAUAAUAUUAAAAUAAAAAAGAUUCUAAUUGUACAAGAUAUUAAUCAAUUUACACACCGGAAAUGAAUGGCGCUAAAUGCGCCGCGUGCCUUGUCGCCGUUUUGUUCGUAUUAUUCGCUUUCGUAGUAAAAGGUGCAAAAUCAAUAAUAUGUUAUAAGUGUAACUCCAGGUUUGACGAAAGAUGUGGAGACCCUUUUAUACCCUAUAACAUUGGCCAAGUUGAUUGCAAUAUUACUGAAAAACCUUCUCACUUGAUAGAAUAUAAUCCAGUCAUAUGUCGAAAAAGUAUUCAGCGCAUUCACAGACGAGUACAAAUUGUAAGAGAUUGUGGGUACAUUGAAGAUCAAGUCCACGACAAUGAAGACUGUUACAGCAGACUGGGCUCGCACGACACAGAGGUCACGCAUUGUUCGUGUACGAUGAACUUGUGCAAUGGUUCAGGUCUAUUAGAGAAGCCUUACGUUGUAGUUCUAAUCGCGAGCACUGCUGUCAUGGGCCAUUUUUUCGGUGUAGUGUAGUUUAAAUCUGCACAUCACACUAGACUUGAAUAUUAAAGGUGAAUAAUAAUACGAUUGAAAUGUAAAACAUUGAACAUUUUUUAAAUAUUUUAUUUUUUAUUUAUAAUAUAAAACAGUUAUUUAGCUUUUACAAUAAUCCUGACCUGGAGGUACGGCUAUAAUUCAUCCGUUAAUAUGUUAAAAGUGCGUACUUGCAUAGGAUGUGAACAUCAUAGGUUAAUGUCAUGUAAUAUUCUAAGGGAUGACGUGGUACUUUUUAUGAUGAAUUACAUUUUGUAUUUAAGGUACAGUGAAAGGCGUAAAAUCUGUACGCAAAUCAAUUUAAGUAUUAUGGCUGUCUAGUAUUAUUUCUGUUCGUGUAACCCUAAAGGUGUUUGACGGUACCUCCGGUUUGUAUUUCAUGUUUUAUGCAUAAAAACGAAUACUAUUAAAAAUUUCUCGUUUAAUAUUGGAGUGUUUUUGCAAGGCUUGAUUAAAAUAUAAAUUGUUAUAAGUUUUGCAUUCUAAAAGAUUUAAAAAUAUGUACAUAUGAAAACUAUUUUAUUAUAUAUUGUGUCUCAUUUAGUGUAAAUUAGUAUGCAAUUAAAAUUUUGUAUACCAAUGAUCAAAUGACAUUAUGAUUUUAUUUUUAAUUAUUUUAAUAUUGUCUAUUGGUAAUAAUAAUUUUAAAUAUUAGUUUCGUUACUAUUUACAUUCAUGUUUAUCGUACAAGAAACAUCGUUAUAGAAUGACUAGUUUACAUUUUCAACAUGUUUAUACGUAUUAUUAGCCAUGUAUUUGAUUUAUGUUCACUUGCAACACGCGAAUUACUAUUGUUAUGUAUUAUUUUUUGUAUAAAUGUUACAACGCGUUAUUCCUUAAGUACCUGUUAUACACCUGUAUAAUACACAGUAUUCGGUACUAUACAAGUGUGUCUCAGAUCUAACUGGCUGUUUUUGAUUCAAUUAUCAUUUCGUAAAAAUGAUUUUAAUAAUUAUUACUGUCUUAGAAUAUAUUCAAACAAUAUUUUAUAUUUCUCUAAAUUUUAAAAUAACCAUUAUUUAGUUUUUUCUUAAAAAAGUGUCCGUUGGUCGAUAACAACUUUAGGACAAGUACUUGUUGAGUUAAGUGAGUAUGAAACACAGGCGAAGUAUACAUACACGAGUAUGGGCUGCAUCCGAUCGCGUCCCAUACGCAUUCUAUAUAUUAAAAUGCUUGUAACUUGAUCAGUACUUGUCCUUAAAUUAUCAUUGAUCCAUCAAUAAUUUUUGUAAGAAAAUUAUUAAAAAUGGUGGUUUCAAAAUUAAAAAAAAAAAAUUUUAUUGUUAAUUUUUUAUUUUAUUAGUGAUAAAUAAUAAAAUAUAUGUUUUAAACGUAAUCUAAAGAGGUAAUGAUUAUUUAAAAAAAAUUUUGAACAAAAAAAUAAUUAAAUCAAAAGUUAUAAGUGUUUUCGGAUAGAUCUGAGAACUAUAUGUACGCAUACUGUAAAGUAAUGUUAUUGUUGUGUUGUUUUUAAAACUGUAUGUUUACUGGCUUGACUUGGGCAUAAUAAAGCCAAAAUAAUAAAAAAAAUUUUACGCAUUAUAUGUACUUGGAAUUUUCUGUGCGAUUGCAUUGCCAUUAUAUUCAGUGGCGUAUUAAGGGUUUCGGCGCCCCGGGGAAGUUUGUAUUAGAUGCCAUCCCUAAAAUUUUUUUUUAAACAAACUUAUACCAAAAAAAAUUUCUAGCUAUCCCACUGCAAAUAACUCUUCGAUAUCUCAGUUAUUAAAAUUUUAUAAUUUGCAUAAACGCAAGAAAAUAAUUUAUAAAUAACGUCGUUACAUAGAUUUUUAUCUAAGUUUUAUAGAGUUCAUCGGCUGAGACGUCACCAAAAUCUCAGGGGCGCCCUUUUCAUUGUGCCCUGAGGCAGCUGUCGCGGGUAGCCUCUUAUGAAUUGUAAUAUUAUAUUUAUUUUCUUAUGAAUUAUAUUUAUUUAUAUCAUAUUAAUUGUAUUAUUCAUGACGCUCGUGUUAAUCAAUUGUUCUUUUAAAUAAACAAGUUUAAUUAUUAUUUAAUAAUA